AUGGCCGCACAGCGCCCUGCAAUUGAUCUGUCGGACUUUGACCCGUUCCAUGCGCCACCGCGCGUCGCUUCACCUCGCAUCUUUGCGCCCAAGCCCGCUCCGUCGCCGUCACCGUCGGCAGCACCGUCGGCAGGAUCGUCAUCGUCAUCGUCAUCGUCAUCGUCCUCGUCCGCCGGGUUGGCUGCCUCCACCUCGUCGUCUGGCGCAGGUGUGCCCGGGCUUCCCAAGCCACCGGCCUUGCCUUCUCAGCCUGUCAAGCAAGGACAAGAUCCUCUGGACCUCUUCUCGGCACUGGAGAUUGAUCAAACACCUUCUCCGACUUUGUUCCCGUCGUCAUCGUCAUCAUCACCUGCGCCCAGUGGUGCGACGGGGUCAGCAGCGACACAGAGCGUUCCAAGAGUCGUCGCGGUGGGAAUCACCUUGCGUGAUCAGGUGCACGCUCAAAAUCAGCGACAAGAACACAUCUGGAACGACUUGCAUCGUGAUCCAUGGAGCAGCGCCGCCCCUCUCACGUCCGCCUCGACCUCGACCUCGACCGCCCCCACCGAACGAGACGACAGCCAGGGACCACUACCGAUACCGACGGCGACUCGAAGAUCAUCCGUGCACCGUCCCUCGCUCUCGGGAUCAUCCUUCUCCCCGCCCCGGAGACUCUCGGGCCUGAUGACGGACCCAGCCUCGAUCGUCUCGAGCGGGUUCCUCCCCUCGUCGUCGACUUCGGCGCAGAUGUUCAGUGAACCCGUCUCGUUUGGAUCCGGACCCACCUCUACGACCUCAAGACCCGAAAUCGACACCUUCCACCCUACCUCUCCGAAUGCGAAUUCGUUCGAACGAACCUUCAACCUCGUCAGAAAGAUGUCCAACGCCGGAUCGUCUGCGAUCAGGUUCGCUCGAACGAGUUCCUCCCGCGCCGGUUCCAGUUCUUCACCUUCUACAUCUGCCAUCGAAGACGACUGGGGCGACUUUCAUUCAGGCUCACCUCACGAAGAACGAUCCCGCGAUUCGCACCUUGACGGCCUGCCCCAAUCGAACCGAACGAAAUCGCUUCCACCUCGGCACGCCACCCCCACAUCAACAACGACGACAUCCCGAUCGCGCACCCUACCGCCUUUAUCACCACCCACGAUCCCGGCAGCCAAACCUGAACAUGUGUAUGAUCCGAGGGCACCGGAUGCGGUACAGCCGAUCACGCUGGCGGGGGUCAGACCGGGGGUGCAGAGGGCGUUGGAUGAGGACAUUGCUGAUGGGGUGAGUUAGAGGUGCAGAGUGGUUUCAACGCGAGGAGUGUUCCGAUGACUGAUUCUGUGCUAACGAUCUCACACUCGUCCAUAUUCAGAUCAGACCCAGCCUUCCACCACGGUUACGCAUCUCGCACCGCUGGACGCUCAUUUAUUCGCUCGACCAACACGGCAUCUCGAUCGGCACGAUGUACGAUCGCAUGCGCAUCGCCCUCAAAGGCGUCGAUGGUGGGGUCGUCUUGGUCGUCAAGGACGUUCAAGGUUCAACCUUUGGAGCGUACGUUAAUGAGCCUCUCAAGGAGAGCCAUCAUUAUUACGGCGAUGGAACCUGGUCAGUUUUCCCCCCCGCUCGUAUUCUCGGCCCCUUCCUCCGACCGGAAAGGGAGCACUAACGUCGCUCGAACAACUCCCCAGUUUCCUAUGGAAAGCUACCCCCUUUUCCUCAUCUGACUUUCGUCUAGGCGCGUCGGUCCAAUCCUUCCGCUGGACAGGACGUAACGACUACCUCGCCUUGACCGAAACCUCGUUCCUCUCCAUCGGCGGAGGCGACGGUAAAUUCGGACUCUGGAUCGACGGCCUCUUUGAAAAAGGGUACACGACGAGAUGUCCUUGUUUUGAUAAUGAGCCUUUGACGAAUGAGAGGGAGUGGGAAUCGAUUGGUGGGGAAGAGGGGCUGGAGGGGGAGGUGGGGAGUAAGUUCGAGGUCGUGCAGUUUGAGUGUUGGGCGGUGGGCUUGUAA